GUUGUAUCUCUUCAGUUUAGGACAAAAACCAAUUAUCACUGACAAAUUUGCAACCAUGAAGAUGCUCACGAUGUUAAUGGUGGCUGCAAUUUUAUUUUGCAGCCAUCAACAAGGGGUUGUAGCGAGAGAAGUUGCUGUGACUGUGGACGAUGACGGUAACGAGAUAGAAAUACUUCCAUGUUGGAUUAUCCACUGGCCAUGGUGCCCGUCCCCGCCCUCACCCCCUCCGGCCCCUAAACCGACUUGCUCGGCUAGUGACCAAGAGCAGGUGAAGAAGUGCAUGUUCAAUGUAACUUCAAUUGACGCAUGCUGCCCAACAUUCCGGAGCAUACUCGGUACUAGUUGCCCUUGCUAUAAGUAUGCUGAGGAGUUGGAUAAUCAACGCUUGAUCACUCUUAAAGCUUAUUGUCAUGUCGAUAGCCCUUGUAGGAACACACAAGUGAUUAAGCUAUCCAAGGAGGAGUAAAACUGAUGUGUUUAAUUGCUUAAUUCCAGAUCUUGUAUUAUGCUAUUAAUUGCCCUUUCUAGGGGUAAAGUACUUGUAAUGUUGUGUGUGUGUGUGUUUUUGUUGAUUGUAAUGUUGUGUUACUGCAAUAAAUUUGACAUAUCUGUCAAAGUCUUAGUAUUAAUAGAAAAAUAUUAUAUUA